UGAAACAGGAGUAUUACGACUGGACUAUAAACGUUAUCAACUAACUAAGAGAUGAGCCGCCGGUUGUACUGACGGAAACCAACAUCAGAGGCUAACAUUUUUGGGCCAUUGUCCAAAAACUAAAAGAUGACAAAAGGCACAAGUAACAGAGACCAAACAGAGUGGAGAAAAAAAAAAAAAAACAGAGUGGAGAAAGUAAAACCGAAAGAAAAGAAAAAGGAGGCAACUUUUUAGUUAUAGACCGUUUCAAAAUAACAGCAUCUUUCUAUUUUUCCUUCACAUGUUCCACCACCAUAACCAAAGCCCCUCCUUUUGCGCUAUUCAUCCACAAAACUGAAAACCUCUCUCCCUUUUUAUUCUUCUUCAUCUCUUCACAUCACUUUCCUUACCUAUCCUCCUAUCUCUUUAUUUUGCUCAAAUCUUGAUUCUGAAAACGUAAUGGAGAACAGUGUGAACAUGUUUAGGCAGAGCGAAUCCCCGAGAUCACCGCCCACUAGGCUGCAGAGGCAAGCACCCAUGGCUCUGAAUCUUGACAAUGUUCCAGUGAAUCCCGUUUUGCAGCAGUCUUGUGAUGCAGUUGCAACCUCGGCUAUCCCUCUGCUUUCACCUCUCUACGUGUCUCCAGACCAGCACUCUUCUUCUCUCCCUAGACAAGGGGAUGAUUUUACUGAAAAGAAUGGUUCUCAACCGUCAAUGGACCACAAGGAAGGCUGGCAACAUUCAGCUGAGGCUGACCAUAGCAACCAAAUGGCUCUUGUAAAUAUGUUUCAAACCAAGUUCGCGCUUGUAAAUCAUUCACAAUGAUCUUAGCGUGUAGGAUGGCCUUGAUGUUUCAGAUGCUGUAAUAAAAAAAUAGCUUAGAUAUAUUAUAAGCAAGAUCCAGCUUCUGGCAAUGGUAAUUUUCCAAUGUGCAAAAAGCAGUAAAUUUAUAAAGAUUCAACGACUGUGUGUGUGUGUGCAUGGGCGAAUCUUAGGAAACUAUUGUAGUAGGUGCAUAACUUCAAAAAUAUAAAUAAAGUGACAAAUUAAGAUCAAA